UAUUUCUGCGGCGACUGGGUCUCUACAACUAUUCCGCUUCUGAUUCGAUUUCAAGCCAGCUCAAUUCUACCACCGAGAACGAAACAAACGCCUGCUUCCCCAGACUCUAGCGACACUAGGGAAAGCAUUUGAUACUACUAAUCGCAGUCAGUACCUUACAACCCGCGAACAGAACUUCACUCUUCAAAUUCAUUUUGAACCAAAGAUUCCAAUGGCGCAGCAACAGGACGACACAUUUGUAACCAGAGCCGAGCGGCAAAAAUGCUGGGACGCGCGGGACGGAUUUUUUGCGUGUUUGACGGAGAACAAGAUCCGGAGUCUGCGGAAACCCGAGGCGAGGACGGCGGUGUCGGAGAAGUGUAAGGAGGCUAGUGAUGUGCUGCAUCAGUCGUGUCGGCAGGCUUGGGUUGACCACUUUAUGAGAUUACGGGAACGAGAGCUUGGAAUGGUGGAGUUCAAGAAGAGGAUUGCGGAUAAUACAGAUACCGUUGAGCGAGCGCCUGAUGCAAACUUCACCAAGGUCUCGCGUUCUUGAAGUUUGGGGCAGAGAGAGGAAGAUGAUACAGAUGUGGAUCGGUUAGACGCCCUGAGACACAAUUGCUGAAUGUAAAUACAAAGCUAUGAACAAGUGAGGU